AUGAUAGAGAAAUCCUCAGCACAAUCCUUAACAAGUAAAUUAAAUGAGAAGCACGCGUCAAACAGGAUUACUGAUGGGAGUGUCGUAAAUAAUGGUGACAGUAGCAGGGGUCAUGGUGGUGUUGAUACCGAUGAUGAUGGAGACGGAGAUAAAAGUUUAUCUGUUGAAAGUAGACCGAACUCUGGUAAACAGAAUCUAUCUAAUAGUGGAAAAACAAACAGUAAUAAUACAAAUGAAAUG